CGCAAAGCGGGCGAAAAUUCUCAACCUUAUCAACGACGUGCAAGCAGUUUGGGAUGAAUGCAAGUGACGCAGAGACUAUUUCCCAGUGAACCCACCGCAGGUAGUUUAAUUGAAUUGCUUCUCCUCAAUUCUUUUAAGAUGCCGCCUCAAAUCUGGAGGAAGUACGAGAACUGUUGGUUGUUACGCGAAAGAAAGCCCGCGUAUUUGUCAUUGUCUACACGUCGGCCUUCGUGUUCAUCUGCUUGGAGUACGCUUUUAUGCCGAUAUGGAAGUGGUGCUACUAUUACGGUUUCUCCACCCAGCACUCCAACUACACCAUCCAGCUACCCUAUCUGCAACGCAUGUUUUACAGCAUCGAAGGUAACGCUUCCUUUAGCGUAACGUACAUCUUUAUCAUGGUGGCCGUUUAUGUGCUAGCACUCGCACUGGCCGGCUUUGAUUCUGUGUUCACCACGUUGGUUAUGCACAUUACGGCCUUGUUCAAGCUGCUUAACAUGGAAAUCGACCAGAUGGGUAUGCAGCUACGCGGUGGGGCGAAAGGACAAGAGCUGAAGGCAACAUUCAAAGCAAUCAUCCUCAAACACAAGACCUACCUAGCAUUCAUCGACCAGCUCGAGGAUGCGUUCAGUUUGGUCUUGAUGGUACAGUUUCUGACCAGCUCCAUCGUCAUUUGUGUUGUGCUGUAUCAGCUUACGUUGGCUUUCGGAUGGAACGAGGAAACAAUUAAAACGAUCACCUACCUACCGGGGGCCAUUCUGCAGCUGUACGUGUUCUGUUGGUACGCUCAGAAGAUUACCGAAGAGGCGGAACUGGUGGCGAACCACAUCUACAGCAUACCCUGGUACCUGGGUGAUCCGGCCUACGAGAAGAUGUGCAUCACGCUGAUGGCCAAAGCACAGAAACCGGCCGGUGUGACCGCCUCCAAGUUCUACAUGAUAACGCUCCAGAGUUUUCAGCGAAUCAUCAGUACAUCCUACUCCUAUUUUACAUUGCUUCAGACCAUGAACCAACAGUAAAAGCGUGGCACGGAUUGUAUGGUAAGAGGCGGAUAUGGUAAGAUAUCCCGUAACAGGA